CAGUGAAGGCAAUGACGAUGGAGAAGUCCACUAACUCUUCAGCAUAUGUUUUGACAUAUGAAUAUUACUAUGAUUACCUGGAUCCUGUAGCUGUUGAUGCGAGCAAACUCAAAUACAACAGAUAUUUGAUUGUUAUAAUAUUCUGGAUCGCUAUGGCUGCCUUUAUUGGACUAUUGUUCUUGAUUUUGUCAAAUAUCUCAGGGACCAAGCAUCUCCCAGGGCAUCAGAGUGGCAGGAGAAAACCAAGACGAGAAAGAAGUUCUUCAUCUAAACCUGUGGUGUGAAAGAUUGUUCACAUAAAAAGACGUCACUAUGCAAUCAGAGUUUAGAAAGUUACUGUACUCAUUCACUUUAAAUUUUCGGCAUACUCUGCACCAAAUGUACUUUCUAAAUGUCUACCUAAAGCACUGUUCUAAUUUAUGCUGCUUUAAAUUUUCACUUCAGAGACGAAUAAAUCUCUCCUUCCUCUGUCUCUUCGUUCUGAGUUGUUACUGUACUGUGUAUGUGUGUGGCCAUUUAGCAUGUAUGUGAAGGCUUGUUUUAAUAUUCUAUUAAUAUAUAUUUAUAUCAGUAUGCCAUGCAUGUAUGAGCUCAUGACUUGUUAAUGCUAAAUAAAGCAGUAAAUAUUCAUUUUACA